UGGCCCUUAACACCCACAAUAACAUCAGUGAUGCCAGAGACUCAAAACUCCGUCUGGGAAAAACUUUCUUAAAACUUGAUUAUAUCCACAUUACGGAGGCUACUGGCUGCCACUUGUACACUGGCUGCCACUUAACACACUUACUUACUUACUUUAGUAAGUACAAGAGAGGGAGUGUAGUGAUGAAUCAGUGAAGAGUGUACUGACAAGGUCGUUGUACAGUGCUACAACUAUCACCACUACUAGUACUGCAACUAUCACUACCUGCCUGCUUCACACACUGAGGGUCCAGGGUUCGAUCCCCGGUACGGGUAGAAACAUUGGACGUGUUUCCUUACACCUGUUGUCCCAGUUCACCUAGCAAAUUGACAGUAAAGCAAAAAUGAUGAGAGGAUAUGUAGUGCAGUUGUGGUUGGUAUUGUUGGUGCUUGUACUGGGUGUGGAGGCAUUCCCAUGGACUGAGUUGCACCUUCCUCCAGAACAUAUUGCAAUCUUCUUCAACAAUAAUCCAACAGUAGCUGAAGAAUGUCGCAAGAGUUCAUCGUGUCCAUACAAGAUGCAUCUUGACCGAGCUGCAUGCUGGGGAUACGAAGAUGGUUGCACUGCCGAACACUCAUACAGUCAACCAUCGUGUCCUGGUGAUGCUAAAGGUUGGGUUCAGACCAAACAAGAACAAAUUUCAACUUUCAUCGAGCAAGGAGACUUUGGCUAUAUAAAAACGCAACGAAAUCAGUUGCAAGUGUACUGCCAACCUGAGGGAGAGGAGGACUCUUCUCUGGAGUGCACUGACCACCUCCAGUUCUGCCGGGGCAAAAAUAUUUAUAUAGAUUUCCGUCCGUUGAAACACAGAAAGGAGAUUGUACAUUACCACAUGGAUGUGUUGGAGAUGGGGCAGAUUGGUGGUCACUGCAGAUUAAAUAAAGAACUCCUAGGAAAAAAUGCUGUCCUUAUUAGUCCUCUUCAGUCAUGGGGUCCGGAGAUGCGCUUCUUCACCGAGCAAGAGGAACCAGUACAACCAGGAAGGAAGAUGUGCGACCGCUGGGUUAACACUCCUACAUUUAUCAUGAAAUUAGAUGCUACUGUGAAUAUGUAUCACCACUUCUGUGACUUCUUCAACCUUUACACUUCUCAACAUCUCAACAACUCCCACGAGUCUGCUUUCUCCCGCAACACUCAGAUCCUGAUCUGGGAGACACUUCCUUACCGCUCUAACUUUGGUGUUGUAUUUGAUGCCUUCACCAAGACUCCGGUAUGGACCCUCAAUCAUGUUGCAGGUGAACGUGUGUGUUUCAAAGAUGUGGUGUUUCCUCUGCUGCCUCGCAUGAUUUUUGGUCUCUACUACAACACUCCAAUUAUAUGGGGAUGUGAAAAGAGUGGUUUGUUCCAUGCAUUUUCUCGUCACAUUUUGCACCGCCUGGGUGUUGCAGGGAGGUCCCAGGGGGACGGUACCAUCCACAUAACUCUGCUUUCCCGCAACACUGAGUUCCGUCGUGUUCUAAAUGAGGCACAACUCAUCAAGGCCCUGAGGAGCGAUAAGAAGUUCAUCGUACGCAAGGCUGAGUAUAGUCACAGGAUGGACUUUCGGCAGCAGCUGCGUCAGGACCAGUGGACAGAUGUAUUUAUCGGCAUGCACGGUGCCGGCCUCACUCACCUACUCUUUCUGCCAGACUGGGCUGUUAUUUUUGAGCUGUAUAACUGUUUUGAUCCAAACUGCUACAAGGACUUGGCUCGGUUGCGAGGGAUCAAAUACAUAACUUGGGAGAACAGCACUCUCCUGAAACCUGAAGAUGAGGGCAAACAUCCAGAUGGUGGAGCACAUGAGAAGUUUACCAAUUAUGAGUUUGACGUCGAUGAGUUCAUGAGGCUCGUGCGGGUUGGGGCGGAGCACGUCAGGAAGCACCGAGGCUGGCAGAACCUGCACCACCACCUCCCUCCCUCCCAUCAUCAUCAGGAACUUUGAGCUUUUUAAGAGUUUUGGUCACUUGUUGGUUGUGAUAUAUUUUUUAAUAAAGCCGAAUUUAAAGUUUUUCUGGCAUUACUGUCAGUGUGCUUCUGGGUGCUGUGCUUGCCUGCCACUGCUGUUUCUUGCAUCUGAUAGUCUUCUCUUGGUAACCUUCAGCUUUUAUAAACUAUUUUGUAAAUGAUACCAGUUUUAUAGAAUGAUUUUUUUCACAAUGUGAAUUGAUCUUUCAUUUUUUAUACUCUGUGAAGUGUACAAAUACAGUAGUUGUAUUUAUGUUAUCUUGCAGAUAACAGUUAUCAGUACUUUACUCUGAGUCUUUAAUGUACUUAACUUUUUAAUAUGCAGUAAUAUAUCCUAUUAACAAGUUCAGUGAUAGUCAAAAUAUUUAUUAAUAGCAGUGAUGCAUCCUCAGUUAAUAAUUAGAUGCUAUGGAAAUAGAUCUGAUAAAUAUGGAAAAGCAAUUACAGGAGUGCCGUGCUGGUGCAGCAGGUUAGGUUCUGGGCUGCUGCUGUUAAGUGAAGCAGAGCUGCCGUGCUGGUGCAGCAGGUUAGGUUCUGGGCUGCUGCUGCUAAGUGAAGCAGAGCUGGGCCUAAAAAUGUAUAUACAGUACACACACAUUACUCACUUUAAAAUAUUUUUGUCCUUAGUUUAUAGUGAGUGGUGAAUAUUUGUAUUUUAGGAAGUCUGAAUAAAUGAAUGAGUAUAAUUGAAAACCCCUGCAUUAGUGAAAUGCCAUAAAGUGAAGCAUUAUAAAGUGGGGCCCUCCUCUAUGUUUAAUUUUCUGAGAAAUAAUAAAUGUGAUACUAGUUGGCUAAUGAAAGUGGGAAAAAUGAGGAAAUUCUUAGUGGGAUCACCUCUCUUUUUUUCCCCUAGAGUAAUUAAGUGAGCUAGGUUAAGGGAUACCAUAAAUAUAGCUGUGCUCUUGUAACUACAAAUAAGUAUUCACAAGCACAGUGCCAUACUAACGUGUGUAAGGCAGCACUCUCUGGUCUACACUUUCACUUCACUUGUUGUAUUGAACACUCUCAGUGUUUUUUAUUUAAAAAGUGGUGAGAAAAUGAACAGAUAGGAAAGUUGAAGGUUUUAAAGUUAGUUUGAUUAAGAUUUUGAAAUGUGAAUUGAUAGUGCUUUUCUUUGCUUAGUAGUACAGCCAUUAUUAAAUUUGUGAGGUAAAUGGACACGGGUGGAAACAUUAGGCGUCUUUCUUUAAGACAUCUUCUGUCCCUGUUCACCUAGCAGUAAGUAGGUACCUGGGUGUUAGCCAACUGGUGUGGGUCACAUCCUGGGGAUAAAAUUAACCUAAUUUGCCCGAAAUGCUCUGCAUAACCAGGGGUUUUCUAUAGAGUAUGUCAUUGAUGUCAGCUAUGGUCUGUAUAUGUUGUAUCAUGCACUCCUAAAACUAAAGAUUAUAAUAAUAAUAUAAUUUGACGUCUAAUUGUGGCAAUGUUUUGCUCUGCAGGAGCUUUGACACAUUAGUUCUUUUGCUUUCUAGUAAUAUAAUAAAGUUUUGGUCAUGACUUUCGGAGGCUGCUGAAAAGCCUAUGGACAAAUUAUUUUUAAUUGUUUUUUAAUAUAACUGUGUCGGGUGCAAGGGGCUAGUAACCCUUCUCCUGUAUAAAUUACCAAACGUAAAAAGAAAAAAAACUAUAGUUUUCUUCUUUUUCGGGUCACCCUGCCUUGAUGGGAGACAGCCAGUGCAUUAAAAAAAAUCCAUUUGACCUUUGAGGUCACCCCUACCGUGGUGGGAGAUGGCCAGUGCAUUAAAAAAAUCCAUUUGACCUUUGAGGUCACCCUGCCUUGGUGGGAGACGGCCGGUGCGUUAAAAAAAAAUUCUCUUGACCUUUCAGGUAACCCUGCCUCAGUGGGAGAUAGACGGUGUGUUAAAAAAAAAAAUUGUGUGUGAAGUAUACUUAUAAUACGAGUGCAAGAAAUGCAACAGCAGGUUGUCCUGUUGCUGGUCCCCUUAAACCCGGGUUAAAGAAACACUUGAAAAAAUAACCGUAAAACUUCUACCAGUUUUGGUUUUCAUUGUGUGCUCUACCAAAAUAUAGAUAAUUUAACAUUUACGGCACAGUAUGGAUAAGCUAUUUUUUGGGGGGCAACGAACUUGCUGUAUCCCACCGAGGCAGAGUGACUCGAAAAAGAAACACUCACCAUCAUUCACACUAUCAUUGUCUUGUCAGAGAUAUGUUGUCUUUUAUUUAUUUAUUUAUUUUAUUUAUCACAUGGCUGGUACUUGUUUUAAUAUCUUAGACUUUCAGUGGAUACAUUUAUUCUUUGUGGGAGGUCGACAAGAUAAUUGUACGCCAUUAGUACUUCCAACAAGUAAAUUUUCAUGAAAAUUUAUAUAAAUAGUUUAUUGGUGCCAAAAUGACUUAUGGCAUUUAGGGAUUUUGUACAUUGACUCUGAAGUUUAAGUUUGAGUAGUAGGAAUAACAAGAAUUAUGUCUGUCAUUUUUUGAGUGGUGCGUUGAGGUAUAUGUGGAGUCAAAAAACGUUAUCUAUGGAGGCAAAGAAGGGAAUGUAUGAAAGUAUAGUAGUACCAACACUCUUAUAUGGAUGUGAAGCUUGGGUGGUAAAUGCAGCAGCGAGGAGACGGUUGGAGGCAGUGGAGAUGUCCUGUCUAAGGGCAAUGUGUGGUGUAAAUAUUAUGCAGAAAAUUUGGAGUGUGGAAAUUAGGAGAAGGUGUGGAGUUAAUAAAAGCAUUAGUCAGAGGGCAGAAGAGGGGUUGUUGAGGUGGUUUGGUCAUUUAGAGAGAAUGGAUCAAAGUAGAAUGACAUGGAAAGCAUAUAAAUCUAUAGGGGAAGGAAAGAGGGGUAGGGGUCGUCCUCGAAAGGGUUGGAAAGAGGGGGUAAAGGAGGUUUUGUGGGUGAGGGGCUUGGACUUCCAGCAAGCGUGCAUGAGCGUGUUAGAUAGGAGUGAAUGGAGACGAAUGAUACUUGGGACCUGACGAUCUGUUGGAGUGUGAGCAGGGUAAUAUUUAGUGAAGGGAUUCAGGGAAACCGGUUAUUUUCAUAUAGUCGGACUUGAGUCCUGGAAAUGGGAAGUACAAUGCCUGCACUUUAAAGGAGGGGUUUGGGAUAUUGGCAGUUUGGAGGGAUAUGUUGUGUAUCUCUAUACGUAUAUGCUUCUAAACUGUUGUAUUCUGAGCACCUCUGCAAAAGCAGUGAUAAUGUGUGAGUGUGGUGAAAGUGUUGAAUGAUGAUGAAAGUAUUUUCUUUUUGGGGAUUUUCUUUCUUUUUUUGGGUCACCCUGCCUCGGUGGGAGACGGCCGACUUGUUGAAAAAAAAAAAAAAAAAAAAUUUCAUUUUCAUGUCUCACUAUAAUUAAUAGUACAGGAUACAUUCAUCUCUGUCUCACUAUAAUUAAUAGUACGUACAGGACUCCAACUUUGUAGGAAGUAGGUUAGUAGACAGCAGCCGCCCAGGGAGGUACUACUGGCCUGCCAAGUGAGUGUAAAACGGAAACCUGUAAUUGUUUUACAUGAUGGUAGGAUUGCUGGUGUCUUUUUUCUGUCUCGUGAACAUGCAAGAUUUCAGGUACGUCUUGCUACUUCUACUUACACUUAGGUCAUGCUACACAUACAUGUACAAGCAUAUUUGUAUUUUUUUUUUUUUCAAUAAACCGGCCGUAUCCCACCGAGGCAGGGUGGCCCAAAAAGAAAAACGAAAGUUUCUUUUAAAAUUUAGUAAUUUAUACAGGAAAAGGGGUUACUAGCCCCUUGCUCCAGGCAUUUUAGUCGCCUCUUACAACACGCAUGGCUUACGGAGGAAGAAUUCUGUUCCACUUCCCCAUGGAGAUAAGAGGAAAUAAACAAGAACAAGAACUAGAAAGAAAAUAGAAGAAAACCCAGAGGAGUGUGUAUAUAUGCUUGAACAUGUAUGUGUAGUGUGACCUAAGUGUAAGUAGAAGUAGCAAGACGUACCUGAAAUCUUGCAUGUUUAUGAGACAGAAAAAAGACACCAGCAAUCCUACCAUCAUGUAAAACAAUUACAAGUUUCCAUUUUACACUCACAUGGCAGGACAGUAGUACCUCCCUGGGUGGUUGCUGUCUACCAACCUACUACCUAGGAUAUCUCUAUAUACAGGUCUCCCUCAACAUUCACGUUUUCAGCUUUCGCGGGCUUCACACAUUUGCGAAUCCCCAACCACCAAAUUCCCAGCUGCCAAAUCAUAUUUAAGUUUCCCGCCACCUGCGAGUCCCUACUACCCUCCCACCGACCCCCGCAACUGGCAGCCAGC